AGUUUGUCGAAAUUUCAGCGAAUCUUUCGUUUAAAAUCUCAAAAUGGUAGUCCCUUCGGCCACUUCGCGAGACGCGGUCCUGGAACUAAUGAGGCAGAAGGAAAAACUCGAACAGAAGAUCAGCGAUCAGGGAAGAGUCCUCGAAGCGAAUCAGGUAGGAAUGACCGACCCACUGGUGGACGAUUCCGGCUUUCCACGGAGCGAUAUCGACGUUUACCAGGUGCGACAGGCCCGUCAUCAGAUAAUAUGCCUGCAAAACGAUUUGAAAGCACUGAUGAAGCAAAUCGAAUCCGGACUACACACGGUCCAUGCCGAGACGGCUGCACAGCAACAGGAGAACCUGGCCUCGACCAAACUGCUAGCGAUGGAGACUGAUUCUGAAGCGGAAGGACCGUCGUCAUCCAGGAAGGUUCGACCGGUGAAACCGAUCGUUAAGGUCAAUUUGGUUAGCGAAGGAUCUCCGGCACAGGAUGCGGGUAUUGCAUUGCGUGACGAAAUUAUCGAGUUUGGCACCGUCAAUGCUUCCAAUUUCCGAGAUCUGUCACAAAUUGCGGUGCUAGUUCGAAGCUGCGAGAAUAAGACAGUCCCGGUGAAGGUUCGUCGGGAUGGAAAGCUGGUCGAUCUUGUGCUCACACCAAAGACCUGGAGCGGACGAGGAUUGCUCGGUUGCAACAUCGUUCCGAUGGAUUCCGUGGAGCGUUAGCAAUAGCACCAGGGUAGGAGUGUUCUUUUCUCGUUUCGGUAGAGCAAUCUAACAGGUGGUGUUAUUUUACGAUUUAACCGUAGCUUUAUUUCCUUUUUUUUUGCCUGUAAAGAUUCAAUGCAAUGUUUUGUUUUCGCUUCAAAGCGCCCCGAAAAUUAUAGAAAUGAGCAAAAA